AUGGUAAUCAAAGGCUCCAAACAACCGACCUAUGUCCUCCUCAACGACACACUGCCGUCCACCGGUUCGCACUCCCAACUACUCGGCCCGUUCGUAGCGAACCCGCUGAGUCCAACCGACGAAUACGCCCCCGAUGAUCAUUCCAUCAUCACUGAGAUCUUCAGCUCCCUCUCCCCGAACCUCGAGGCCGCUCGCAGUUCGUCUCCCAGCAAUUCACGUCAAGCGGACUGGUAUGUUGACACGCCGCGAAUUUUGACGCGGCGGUUAACACAGCAUCGGCGCGUCUUUCAGUCUCUCAUGCGCGACCAGGAGAUCAAGGCGGAGGCACUAGACUUGCUCGAGAAUAAUGGCGGAAUCGCGUACAUGGCGGUUGUGACGCGAUCCUUCACGGAUGCCAAGGUGGUGGAGAACGGGGGUGUUCAGAAAGAGUUGGAGGGAAGCGUAGCGGUGCCGUUGGAUAAACUAGCUGGCGAUGCUUCAGUCCCGCCGCCGGCGGUACCAAACUUGACAAUGAGCGGGAAGAAGGAGGAGACGACGGAUUAGGGUAGGGAAUACGUCGUGGAAGGAGAACGGUUCUUCCAGGCACAGUAUAGAAUCAUUAAGGC